UAGUACGAAGUGCGGUGGGAUUCGACCAAAACACGGGCGGGACUCGAACAGGAUCACGGAAUUAUUAUUGAUUUGAUAAUAAGACCAAGUGAACUAAGAAAUAAAUAAAAAAACACGAUUUUAAAAGCCGGGUAACUAGACUGAACAUAAGAGAAGGAAAAGGUGUAAUAGAUAUUUUUAAUAGUAUAAACCACUAAUUAACUUUAUCGAAAAGAGGAAGCACACUCAAGGAUCAAUGCAAAGAAAGAGCUACUGUUGUGCAGAGACAGCAUAAUGGGAAAAGACAAAUGCCCGUUAGACCCGCUGUGUUGGGUCGAUCCUGAGGAGACCACGUCAGGCCUUCCAAGCUCCAAGAGGCGGGCGUGACGUGGGCGCGGAGGACCGAGAGAGGUGGCGAGCGCGGGCGGGCGAGUGGGCGUGAGCAGGAGGAAACCCGGUGCCUGGCGGGGGCGGCUCGAGAGUUAUGGCACAGAGCAUGAACAGAUACGUGACACUCAACGAACUCGGCACUGGCACCUAUGGCUCCGUGGUGCUGGGCCAGAGGAUCGACACGGGGGAGAAGGUGGCCAUCAAGAGGAUGAAAAGAAAAUUCUACUCCUGGGAUGAGGCGAUGAAUCUUCGAGAAGUAAAAUCCCUCAAGAAGUUAAGCCACGCCAACGUUGUGAAACUCAAGGAAGUGAUAAGGGAGAAUGACACACUCUACUUCGUCUUUGAAUACAUGAAGGAAAACCUUUAUCAGCUGAUGAAGUCAAGAGAGAAGCACUUCAGCGAAUCCAUGGUGAAGAACAUCGUAUGCCAGGUACUUCAGGGCCUCUCCUUCAUGCACAAACACGGCUACUUUCACCGUGACAUGAAACCCGAAAACCUGCUGUGCAUGGGACCCGACGUCGUGAAGAUCGCCGACUUCGUUGCGAGAGAAAUCAGGUCUCGGCCUCCCUACACGGACUACGUCUCCACUCGAUGGUACCGCGCCCCCGAAGUCCUCCUGCGCUCGACCAACUACAGCAGCCCCAUCGACAUCUGGGCGGUGGGGGCCAUCAUGGCGGAGAUCUAUACCUUCAGACCCCUCUUCCCGGGCUCCUCGGAGAUCGAUCAGAUUUUCAAGAUCUGCUCCGUGUUGGGGACUCCGGAUAAGAGGGACUGGCCUGAGGGUUACUCGCUGGCGCAGCAGAUGAACUUCAAAUUCCCCCAGUUUUCCCCGACGCCUUUGGCCUCGCUCAUCCCCAACGCCGGGCCAGACGCCAUCGCCAUUAUGACUGACAUGAUGCGAUGGAAUCCUGCGAAGCGGCCCACCGCUCAGCAGUGCCUCAGGUACGCCUACUUCAAGGACCAGAAGGCCUCGGACAUGAACAGCCUCUCCUACUCGCUGGCCAACGCCAGGCUCUCAGACACCUACGCGAGCGAGGACGGAAACCAGGGCGGCGGCGCUGGCAGAGGUGUGAAGAGCAGUGCCAAUGGCUUGGGUGUUGUGGGCAAUGGCAUCCAAAACGGCUUGACGCACCGAGCAAAAAUCAGCCUUGACCUGGACCCUGGCACGCGCGGUCCCGAGCACGCCCCGCCCGCACCCACCCUCCACCAGCGGGCGUCGGCGCGGCGUGGGGGCGGGAUCGAGGCGUCUCAGGGGGAAAUGCGGGCGCGGGGGACCUUCUCAAAGCCCUUAGUGCCGGCGGGACUCGGCCUGGGCUCGAACAGUCUUAGAGAAAAUAACUACUUCCCCAGCACCAAGUAUAGGUCGACCUACUACAAUCCUACCAACAAUGACAACAAAUUUGACGAGUUUGAAGACAAUAAAAUUAAUGGUUUUGGGAAUCUGAGUAAGUAGCCGUGGUAGUCCUGGCUGGGUCAGGUGCUGGUCACCAGACGCCGCGGUCGCCCUGUGGUGAGCUCUCCGGACACGCAGCAAGGG